AUAUCCCGACCGUAUUUCGUCGUUUACAGUACCCGGCGGCCCGGUAGCGGUACCCGUGCUGUUAGUGUUGCGUUGCAUGCAUUGGAAUUGUUUUGAGGAGUUGAUGCAACCAUGGAUGACGCCGACUUGGAAAAGCUUUCAAUCAAGCCAGGCUCCCUAAAUCCCAAAUUCAACAGAAACACUACAGAAUACAACGUGACGGUAGCAAGUGAUGUGGGCAAAUUAACCAUCAGUUGUUUGACAAGUGACAGCAAUGCAAGCUAUCAAAUUGUGGGAGGGGAUGGAGGAAGGACUGUAGAUCUUGCCGAGGGGAAGACGACAACGAUCAAGAUUGAUGUAUCAGCUGAAGAUGGCACUUCCAAGCUGUACAUCAUCCACGCCAAGAGGCUGUCUGCCACUGAUGCUUCCUUGAGUGGUAUCAAGAUAGCAGAUGGGUGUCUAGUUCCUGACUUUGACCCGGAUACACUCAACUAUUCAUGCCUCCUUCCUUACACUGCCAGUGCACUAAAGGUUACUCCUACCGCUCCUGAUAAGAAGAAUGCGGUGAAGGUCAAUGGUCAAGACCCAGGGUCAGAGGUCAACCUCAAUGUGGGUGACACAGCUGUGGAGAUUGAGGUCACGUCUGCUGACGGUUCCAAUAAGCAGACGUACACAGUGAAUGCCACGAAAAAAUGGCUGGGUCGUGCAGUGCAGUUUGCAGAUUGCAAAGAUGCCAUGAAGUAUGAAUGCCCAAUCACCACCAGCCCAUUCUACAAGCCAUGUAGUAUCAAAGGGUCGGAACCAAAGCAUGUUUUCAGUGAACCAAUCAUCAAUGAAUUGACAAGGACAUCAAAGGUGGAUCCACUGGAUGGGACACCCCUAGAGAAUGAAUGGAAGGUUCCAGAGGGAGGCAUCGAGAAGGAAUUGUCCGGUGCUACAGUGUGCUGUCUCUACUCAUAUACAGGAUGUGAAGAGAAGAUGAAGUACAGUGCUCUAGGUGCUCAUAUCAAGAUGUGUGACAAGAGACCAAAGAUUGAUGCAGAUCCAGAGAAUACUGACACCUGCAAAGAGUGCAGUCGCAAACUCUACAAAGAAGAAAUGGAAUGGCACAAGAGCAACAUGUGUACAAGCAAACACACCAGUAGGGAACUCAAACAUGCUAUAAAGAGCCAUGAUUGGGAGAAGAAGCUACAAGGUUCUGAACAAUCUGGUAGUGUGGACCAGCUCAUGUCAAAGGCCAAAGAACUCAUCAAGAAAUAUAGAAGUGCACUGCCGAAAAAAGGUCAGUCGUCACGUUUUGACGAGGGGGGAUCUCCCCUUGACCUGCUCCACACAGCUGCUGUGAACCUGGCGUGUGCCAUCAAGCAGAAGCCCAAACAAGCCGACCUCCAUUUCACCUUGGGUCUUGUCCUGGAGGAGACCUAUCAUGCACAGGAUAUGUAUGGACUCAAGAAGGAUGAUGAUGACCUUGAUGACAGCAUGGCGAUCCUGUCCCUUGGCCUGAGCACCAAGUCCAAGGACAGCAGCAAGGAGGAUGACAUCCAGGCCAUCUGUCAGCAGAGGGGGGCAGGGGCCAACGCCCCUCUCGCCCGACAGCUUCAGGCCAUUGAUGAGGAGUUCAAGCACCUGCUCAACAGCGGUCAGUCACAGAAGUCUGACUAUGUCCAGGAGCUCUACCUGUUCAAGUCCAAGCAGGCUACUCAAGGUGGUAAGACGUCUCAGGCAGCGUCUGACGAGAGCAACCCGCUAGGUCAGGCAUGCCUCAAGUUCAUGGAUUCCCUCUCCCUGGAGCAGAACAGUGUCAUGUACAACAUCCAUGUAGGAAGGCUUCUACUGCUACAGGACAAGGUGGAAGAUGCCCUCACAAGGCUACAGCAUGCAGUGGGCCUCAAACCAUUCCUACCCAUCGCUAGAUUCUACCUCGGCCUAGCAUUAGUCCAGCAGAAGAGUGGCCCAGGAGCCAGGACCAAAGAAGCCAUGACCUACCUGAACGACGGUGUCCAGUACCUGUUAGAGCUCACAUCAAAACAGGCUGAAACUGUCGAGGACAGUUGCCCAUGUGAUCUACAUUCUGAAGACCUUUGGAGGUCCUCCAGUGGCCAGCUUCUCAAGGGAUGUAUAGAGCUGGGAAAGCUGCUCAAGAUAACUCCUACAUCAGGCUUCCUCACUGCUGCAGAUGUCUUUCACAGUGCUGCUAUCUUGGCAGGGCAGAACUUAUGCACACUGCCCUCUAGAGGUGACACCUACCAGUCAAUGGAGUGGGUGCUCCUGGACGUCCAUGCCAUCCUGCUGGAGAUGCUGAUGGAGAAAGAUGCAGGGAACGCUCCGUGGAUCGCUCAACGAUGCCAGCGUCUCUCUUCUCUUGUCAGCUGCUCCACCAUCCCACAGAGUCAGCAGGUCCUCAAGCUCCAGGAACAGACAUGUCAAAAGGGAGUGAUAGCCCAACCAUGCAACAGCCAGGCUCUGUGUCACCUGGGCAACUCACAGCUAGCCAUGCACGAGAAUGACCCGACCUCUGACCUGGGCAAGAAGGCUCUCCUGGAUGCAAUGUUAUCCUUUAGGGCAAGCAUGGAGAACGAGGGCAAACCCAGUAUAGGGGGUGACCUGCCAGCUCAGAUAACGGAACAAGGAUGGUGGCAGGAGAAAAAGAAAAAGGAAGAAGCAGCAGCAACUAGUAAGACAGCAGCAGAUAAGGGUAAGGGCGUGGCCCCCAAGGCUGCCCCAGCUAGGGGAGCUGCUGCAGGGAGGGGCACUCCAACUUCUAGGGGUACAACAAGAGGAGCACCAGCAACAGCAAGAGGAGGUGCAGCCAAGGCAGCACCUGCCACCAGGGGAGGCGCCGCACGUGGGCGUGGCACCACCUCAGGGGCAUCCAAGGGUGCCCCAGCCCGUGGCCGAGGAGGCGGCACCACCACCAAACCUCCUGCAGGGGCUAAAUCAGGCCAACCUAGCAAGACGGCUCCAGCCAAAGCAGUAACUACCCCCUCUCCGGAGCCAAGUAAAGAGGCAGCUGCUAAACCAGCCUCGACCAAGACUACCCCUGUGCCAGCCAACGCUCCUUUGAACCGCAUGAGCUACCUUCCACGCCUUGGUCUAGCGAGGGCGCUAGCCAAAGAGACUGAAGAUACAAAGGAAUCAAGGAUGCUCUAUGAUGAUGUCAUCACUAUGGCACCUAAGGUUAGUCUAUGGAUAUAUAUCAACACUGACUUGAUAUUCCUAUUCCUAUUUCUUCAUGCUGCGUGUUUUUGUCGGAGGUUAGGUUUGCAAUUGGGUAUAUGUUUGGGUGAAGGAAGGGGUGCAGGGGAAAGAACUGUAAAAGUAAAUAUAUUUGCGGUACAUUCAUUUUCGCGGAUUACGCGCUAAGAUCGGCGUGAAUUUAAAAAAAAAAAUU